UAGCGUUUUGCGUUUUACAGUUUAAUGACCUUAUUGAUAUCUAUUUUCAAUUUGUUUUUUUUUUUAUGAUAACUAUGUUCUAUUAUUUUUUUUUGUUUUUCUAAUAUUUACCGUGGUGUGUAUCAAGUUUUGAGUAUAGAGUAGUCAUUAAUUACUUAUCCCCGCAUUAUUCUUAUCGCUCAAUUUAUCAUUUUAAUAGAGGGUUUUUCUUAAUUUUGUGUUUGUUACAUCUUACAUUAACAAUUAAUUGUUAUUUCGUGAUUGGAGUGACAUCGAAGAAGCAUCAAACCACUAAAAACCGAAAAAAGCUGGUUUCUACCUUGUGUAUUUAUAGGGUUAUGGUAGAUUAAAAUAUUUUGUCAGGUUGUUCUCAAACCAGACAUUUUUGAGAAUAUCAAUGCGGCCCACAACUGAGGACAAUAUGAACUCAUUAGCACCACAACAAUAUUGUUUACGGUGGAAGUAUCAUCACUCAAAUUUACAAGCAAUGUUUUCCCAACUUUUAGAACGGGAGAGUUAUUGUGAUGUUACAUUGGCUUGCGAGGGAAAAACCCUUAGAGCUCAUAAGGUUAUGCUUUCUGCUUGUAGUACUUAUUUUGAUACUAUAUUAUCACAGCAUGAUGAGAAUAAAGCAAUAGUUAUUCUCAAAGAUGUUAAAUUCUCUGAUAUUCAAGCCCUAGUUAGUUUUAUGUAUAAAGGAGAAAUUAAUGUUGAAAAUACUGAGCUUUCUUCUUUGUUAAAAACUGCAGAAGAACUUAAGAUUAAAGGCUUGGCUGAAGUAUCGUGGAGAUCAGAUCAAGAACAGCAAAAUCAAAGUUUUAAUGUAACUGCUGAUGAGGCAAAUAUCAGCAAGAAGAGAAAAUUAGAUUCAACAUUAGCAACUACUGCUAAUAUAAAAAAAGAAUUUACAGAUAAACACCUAGUAAAUGAAAAUGAUGAUAUGGAUGGAGCAGAUGUAGAAGAUGAGUCUGAACCUGAUCAGUCCAUAUGGGAACCAGAAAUGCAACAUGUUGUUGAUACUGACAACGUAGAGCUACCUAAACCAACAACUGGUACAGUAAAUGUAACAACUUUUCCAUCUGAAGAAGAAAGAACAAGUAGUGUCACUAAUGUUAGCCAAGGAUUCAGUGAACAACCAGCACAUGCUCCGGAUUUAAGCCAAUUUUCUGAUGUAAUGAAAAUGAAUGACUAUCUAGAAUCAGGUGGACGCCGUCCACAAUUUUGGGAAGAACCUUUUACUAAAAGACUUAUGGAAGCAAUUAAAAAUAAAGAACUAGAAAUGAAAGUGGCCGCAGAGUUAAUGGGAGUAUCUUAUGGAACCCUUUAUGGUAGAUAUCGAGAUGCUUAUGGUUGUUUAAAACAUCCUUACAGAGUUCGAGAUUUUUGGUUGGAACAAGGCCCAGCUGAUGUAUUGGCUAAAUUACAAAGAAAAGAAUUAACUCUAUUCCGAGCAGCAGAAAUAUUAAAUGUCACAGUAACCACAUUGGCAAACUACUUGUCAACAAUGAGACAAGGAGAUAAUUCACUUACUGUAGCUAAUACUACUGUUAGUGCUACUGAUAAAACAACAUUUAGAGAUAUUAUGUCUGAAAGUGAUAGAGAAGAAGGUUCUGAUGAAGACGAAGAUGACAAUGAUGAAAUUGAUAAUAUUAUAACAAGUAGUACCACUCAAUCUCAACAAAAUAAACCAGACAUCACUUUUGUUACAUCGCCAGGUUCAAUAUCUAAAGUGAACAAUCUAAAUGGUAACUAGCGCUACACCUAAAUAAAUUAUUGGCUAGAAAGUAGAAAUCCUUAAACUUGUUCUAAAUUAUAAUUAUAACGGCGGUUCUAUUGACGACAAUUUUUUCUUUAUUUUUUGUUUUUGUUUUGUUUUUGUUUGUUUUAUUUUAUUUUUAUUUUUAUUAUUUAUCUAUUGUUUUUAUUUUUAUUCAUAUAUACUUACAUUCACCUAAUUAGUAUAUUUAUUUUCUUGACAUUCGGACCGCUGUUAGAAAAUAUUUACUCUAAAUUAACUGAUAAUAGUACUAUUGUUACUAAAAUAAGUUACAAUAUUACUCAAAUUGGUGCUAAUCUAUAAUGCAUUCUUCCAUUUAGCUCUCUAGUGUCAAAUUAUUCUAUUAAAAUUAUUAUUAUUUUUUUUUUUAAAUUUUUAUUACAUAUUUUAUUUAUGUUGUACGCCUAUAAAAAUAUUUAAGUUUAUAGAAACAUCAAUUUAUAUUAUUCCUUAAUUUCAAAAAAAUAUUUUAAAAAUAUUAUUAAUUUCUGGUGUGUGAUUUUCUAAUCACAAUUUAAAUUCAACCCUUAGAUUUUUUGGUCAUAAUCAUGAAUGUUAUUAUAGUAAACAUAUUAUUGUUUGUGUAAUUAAAUAAAAGAUUGGAGUUUAAGAGUAAUAUUUUAAGUUUGAACAAAUAGUUAUUUAGAUAGUAGUUAUUCUAUUAACUAAAAUCUUUAUGAAUAUGCAAUUAAAAAUUUGAUAUUAUCGAUAUUAAUAUUAUUAUUAUAUAUAUUGUGAUUUUAUUGGGUGUUUAUUAUAGAACUAAAUGAAAUGUGUUAGUUUUUUAUGUAUAUUUAUCAUUUAUGUUCUAAUAUUAUUCAAGUAUUCAAUAAGAAAUUAAAAUAUACAUAGAUACAUCCUAGAUAAAAUAUUUUCUAACUAUGUUUGUAACAUUAUUAUUAUUUUUUUUUACACUACAAUUAAUAUUGAUCAAACACGGAAAUAACAUUUAAGAUGUUUCAUUAAGAAACUAGUUAACAUAUAUAAUGUAAUGUGGGCUUUAGUGUUUAUAAUUGUGAAAAUUGAUUGUUUAUAAUUAAUUUUAAAAAUAAAUACUCCUAAUGAAAUCAAGUAUGUUUAAAAAAUACUGAAAUAUAUAGUAUGUAAAACUAUACAUGAAUUGAAUAUUUUAUGUAUUUAUUGGCAAGACACAUUUUUAAUAUAAUUGAAUGAUAUGAAAUUCUCGGUCUUGAGGUAUAAUAUUAUAUUUUGUUUUAAUAUUUUAAUAAUUUAUAUUAAUGUAUUAAAUAUAUAUGCUAAUUCACAUUGAAAAAUUAACCUAUCAUGUUAUUUUCUAUGUAAAAUAUUAAUUUAACACAUAGUAAUUUUUUUUAAUAUUUGCUGUUCAAUGUAUGAAAUAUUUAUUUACUGCAAAUCUAAGGUUUAGGUAUUGUUUUUAAUUGUGCAAUUAUUAAUACCAAAAUAUUUACAAAUGUGUACAAAUAUAUAUAUAUAUAUAUAUAUAUAUAUAUAAAACCUAUUUUAAAAUAAUUUAACAAAUUAUAUUUAUGGUAACAUUGUUUCAUUAUUUUGAUUCUAUCAUCGUGAUGUAUCAAAUAUUAGAUUGUUUUAAAAUCAGAUAAAUUUUUUUAUAUAAUGUUAAUUUAUAUUGAACAUCAAUGCCGAGAAUUUUAUUCAUGUAACUUAAUAGAAAAGAACAUAAUAUUAAUGGACAAAAAUACUAUAGGAAUUUUGUUGUGCAAUAUCAAUCAUAGUCCUAAAUAAUAGUUGUUAAGUCUGAUCAAGAAUAUAAAAAUAUAUUAUUUACUUAUUAGCGAGAAUAUUAAUAUAUGAUUUUUAUAAUUAUAAAAAUAAUUAUUAUUACAAUUAUUACUGUAAAUAUAUUAUGUAUCGCAAUUAUAAUUAUUAUUGUAAUAUUAACAGUAUCAGUGUUUAUAAUCGUAAAAUAAUAUAAUUAAUAUUAAUUAAAAUAUAUGUAAUUUAAAAAAAUAUAUAUAUCUUAUUGAAGACUUGAAACCCCAAGACUAGCUGAAAAUGUACUAUCUAGAUAUCUAUAUUUAUACACUAAUUUAUUUACUUAUUUUAUUGGUACUGUUCCAUAGUACAAUGGUACUAUAAAAUACAUAUUUAAGCAAUUUAAAUAUAUUGUGUAUAUAUAUUUACGUAUUUAUAAUAGACUUUAGGUUCACCUAAAUUUGUUAUAAUCAUACUACAUAAUUUAACAAAGCCUUUUCCUUUUUGCACUUUUAUUUUUUAAUUAAUCACAACCAUAUUUGCAAUAUACAAUACAUGCAUAUAAAGUUUUUUUAUUGUUUUACGCGUUCCUAGAAUUUAAUUAUUAUUAUUUUGUUAAAAUAAACUUAUUAUGGAAUAAUUAACUAUGUGGCUGAAUAUUAUCACAUUUUCACACUAAAUAAAUAAUCUAUUUUCAUAAAACUGCAAUUUUUAUCAGACUAUUACUUAAUAUUUAUUAUAUCAAGAAAAAAGAUUUUAUUCAGCUGCAUUUUUUAGUUAACUUAUUAAUGUUUUAUAUUGUUUCAAAAAUAUUGUUAUUUAAGGUGUGAUUUUUUUUUUACUAUUUAUUUUUAUUUUAUUAUUAUUUAUUAUUUUUUUUUUUUUUAACUGACAAUAGUUAACAGUAAGAAAACACUAAGCAACUUUUGUAAGUGUCAGGUAUGUUUAAAUAAAUUUUCUUUAUUUAUUUAAAAAUAUUUUAUUUUAAUAACUGGGUUAUUUUAUAUUAUGUUAUUAAUUUUCAAUAAAUAAUAAUAAUUACUUUUUACAGUGGAAUA